CGUCUGUCGUCAGUGUCAGUCAGCCACACGGAACGGAAAGACAUUCUACAAUCUACACUGUGUGUAAUUGCGAUUUGUGCAAUAUUUUAAAACAUCGUUGAAAGUUUUCCUUUGUUCAAACAUUUUAGGCAUCAAAAGUCAGUAGGCCUACUAUUCUUUUUAAUAACUCGAAUUUACUUUAAUUUCUGUGCGACGGACUUAGCCUAGUUCACUUCACCAAAGCUACAUGAUGAAGCAAGUCUCACUAUUUAUAUUUUCAAUUUUCAUCUUAGUUGGUUCUGCUUAUGAUGAGAACACAAUCGAGGAGGCAAAGAAGAAAGUCUCGGAGGGACUGGAUAUGCUACCAGACAAUGUGAAGGAAAUCAUUCCCAAAGGUUUGGACCCUGACAAAAUACCUUCUAUCGAGGAAGGAGAAGAUUUGCUCAAGGAAAGAUGUUUACGCUAUGGAACAAAUACAUCAUUCGAUCAAGCUAUGGCUGCCAAAGAAGAUUUACAAUUUUGCCUACGUGGACUGGUGAACACCACAGUAAUCAAGAAAGAGAUAGAACUAGCUAAACCUACUGGAGACCUGGACAUCGUCUUCAGAAAGUACUGCAGAAAGUCUCCUAUGCUGAGGAACUGUGUGACCAACUUCACAGAAGCAAUAGAGCCUUGCCUGAGUCCUGAGGAGCUCGGCACCAAACAGACCAUUACUAACAUCACAGACGCUCUCAUCAGCUUUAUCUGCUUCAAGGAGGGUGACCGGAUAGCAUUGUUCAUUGCCGAGGGAGGCCCAGAUUGCCUACAGAGCAAGUACGAGGACAUCGUACAAUGUCUCAACUCUACCUUCUCCAAGUACACACCCAAAGAAACCCUCAAUCCGGAGGCUUUAAAAGAUGAACUGCCGCAACUCAAGCUCGGUCAACCUGAGUGCAAUGAUAUAAAGAUCUUCCAAAAGUGUGUAGUCAAACAUUUGGAGCAGUGUUCCGAACCCACGCCUGCCAACAUCGUAGACAGCAUGUUCACAUUUGUCAAGAAGGUGACUCCAUGUCAGCAAUACGAGGUGAAGGCCGGAGCGAGCUCCACUCACACUAGCGUCGUCACCGUCGCCCUAGCUGCAGCAGCUUCUAUCCUCAUCUCCACACUACUGUAGAACAUAGCGUUUGUGUAGUUACUUGAUUGCUCAUGUAAUGUUUUUAUAAUGGUCCUCAAGAGACAUCUUGGGCCUGUAAAAAAAACAAUAACUAGCCACAACACUAGAAUGUGAUCUAAAAUGUUUAUUUUGAACAAAUUUUUGUAGUAAAUAUAGUUUUUAUUGUUUCCUUCUUUGUGUUAUACAUACAGUGCAUACAUUCAAAUGUGAAUUAUUAUUUUAGAAUGUGUUUUUUUAUUUGUUUACUUUACAAUAUGUUCUAUAAUAUUUGAACAAUAAAUGCCAUGCAAUACAACAAAGUAACUUUUGAGCCUUAAAAAUAGCUGUUAAGCACUACUGUCAACAAUAAAUUAUUUUAUAAUGUGAUCAAAAACGUUUAUUUUGAGCAAAUCGUUGAAGUAAAUAUAUUUUUUAAAUUGUUUUUGUUAUACAAUACAGUACAUACAGUCAAAUAUGAAUUAUUAUUUUUGUAUAGCAAAACUGUAUAGUUACUGUUGGGUAAGUUUGGCAAACAGAAUUAUGCAUCAUCAUCUCCUCUAUAAUUAUUGCUCUACAUUUUGAAAUGUAAGCACUAUUCAAUGAUCACAGUGGUGUUAGAAAGUAAACACACUUGUAAAAUGAAGCUGUAAUGGCUGAUAUUAAUCUGUUAUUAAGUUACGCACUGCUGUGAGUCGUCUCUCUCUUAUCCAGCCACCUUUCUUCAACCAACAUCAAUUUAAUCGGUCAUUGUCAAAACAUUGACAUCCUUAUAGAGUUUUUGAAAUGAUUUCUAGGGUAAAUCCAUCCAUCCAGCAAUGGUGAUCUGAUCGGAGCGUCAAUAUUUAGGUGUCUGAAUAAGAGGAAGACUACUAUAUGUGCAAAUUCUCUUGAAAUUAUUUCAGUAAACAUGUUUGCAACUAAGAUUGGUUAUGUAAGUUUAGUUGUUAAGUUUUUUUUAUUUACAAAUUGAAUCAACCAUCUAUCAACAUUCCUUACUGAUAAUACAGUUACCCACUCAUUAUAUUUAGGUUGAGGUGUCUUUUUUCAACGUGAUUUAAUAUCACUUUCACGCAUGUAGCCUAUCAUCAAGUAGACUAGUCAUUAACUUAUUUUUAUCACUUAUUUCAGUUUAUGGUUUGUUUUUCAUUCUAUUGUUACUGUAAACUUUUUAAUCAAAUUUAUGAUUACUUUUGUUAAAUUAUUUGGCCAUGGUUCAUAUUGGUAAAGAACAAUGAUUCAAGUGACAAAGGUGACCAAAAUUCAUAAUCUCUUCACAGUCUUGUAGGAUACAAACUACAGCUUGCUUCCUUUUUCUCCCUGUCUUUGAACAGCAUAAUAAUUAUUAACAAGUUUUGAGAUGUGAUCAGAGUCAUGUUUGUACGCAAAAUAAGUUUCUGCAACUAAAACAUUAUAAUUCAAAAUCCAAAGUAUACUAACAUAAUGUUAGUAUUUUUGUAUAAGAUAAAGACUUUAAAAUGUCCAAGAUUCAAUUGGUUGGCUUACAAAAUAUGCAAUCUGUUUUCAGUAAUCUUAGUUUCCAAUGUUGCCUUAAAAAUGUGUGUUUUGGUAUUUGAGGUGUUUAAUAUUCAAUUAAUGUUUACCCCACGAUUGAUUUUUGAAUCUUGUAAACUGAAGGAAUUUAAGAUUAGUGAGAUUUUUACUUUUUACUCCUCGUUGGAUAAGUUUCUUGUAAAGGGC